CCUGUGAUCAGAGGAAGAAGCAGGAGGAGGUCGCCCGCUGAAAAUCAGGGGUGUUUGAAGAAGUUCACUCACAGCGCUCCACAUCGACAGCAGCAUAACUGGAUACUACAGCAGCAGAGACACAGGAGGAUGGCCAAUUUAUUGUGCAAGAAAGUCAGGCUGGUGACAUACCUCCCGGGGCUUCAUGUGUUGGUGAAUCGUAUGGCUGGAGCCCGAGGCCUCCAUCCUGCUGGGUCUUCAAGUAUUGUUGAGCCUCUUGUCGCCAUCAUUCCUCAUGACACAGGACUGAAGACUGUGCAGCCUGAUGAAAGCAUGGGUCCUUUUAGGGCCCAAGAUCAGACAUUUCAAUUGCCUGGUAAUGUUGGAUUUGACUGUCACCUCAAAGGAAUAGUUCAGCAGAAGAACCCAGCCCAGAAGAUGGCACCUGCCAUUUCCACACCAUCAGCCAUUGACCGAUAUCAGUUUGUACCAGCCCAGUCCACUGAACAGUACUGUGAACAUGAUGACCCAUCCCUUCCACCAAAUUUCAACAGACCUGAGAAGUACUUUGAUGACUCCAAUGUGGAGUGUGCCAUACAGUCCUGCCCUGAAAUAUUGAAGAAAGACUUCCAGUUCAUGUUCCCUGAGGCUGCACCCACUGGUAUGAUGGUCAUCACCGUAACACAAAAAACUCAGAAUGAUAUGACGUCAUGGUCUGCUGAAGUGGAACAGGAGCGAGAGCAGAUGCUUGACAAGUUUGUUGUCGGAGCCCAGGAGAUCUGCUGUGCCUUCCAGAAAGAAGGGUUCUGGGCUGAUUUCAUUGAUCCAUCAUCAGGACUGGCAUUCUUUGGCUCUUACACCAACAACACGCUAUUUGAGACAGAUGAGCGUUACCGUCCUGGCUUCCAAAUUGAGGAUCUGGGCUGCUGCAGAGUGAUCUCGCACUGUUUGUGGGGGACUCAUGUGUUUGUCGGAACAAUAUUCACCAGUGCGCCACCCAACAGCCUCAACAUGCAGACGCUGCAGUGCAACGCCACGUAAAGCAUACGUGUGUGUAUUUGCUUAUAUAUAUAUAUAUUAUAAUGAAUUCAGCCUUCUAAAAUAUGUUUUCCAGGGAAUAAAGAAAAGCACAUUAUGUUGUCUCUGAUGUUUAUCUGUCCCACAGUGGUCUUUAGUUGGACACUGUCUUUGUCUGUUCAGUGUUCAUAUAACAUGUCCAGAAGUAAAUACAAAUGCACCAAUUUCACAACAGAAUAUUUAAUAAAAAGUCUGAAGUU